AGGUGAAAGCUACAACGGUUGGAACAGGAAGCUAGGUGUAGAAGUCAGGGAUCAGUAGCUUGCUUGGUUGCUAGUGGUCAGGAGUAGGCUCUUCACAUCCCUGGCCAUAGCAGAAUCGACCUAUCCUAUCCAUUCGCGGUCCUUCCGUUUGGCCAGUCUUUAUGUUUGCUUGAGUUCUGCUUUCCACACGCCACGCUAGGUUAUUUUAGAAUUGCGACCGACUUGCCACCGACCUACGUGCGUAAGUCUUCGACCUAAGGCGUCUCUUUUUACCCUAAGCCACUUCCAGUCGCCAGCGUCUAAUUUUACUACGUUGGCUCCUCAGUAGCUACUUCCGAUGUCCGCCAUGGCACUCGAAGCUUCCUGUCGUCAGAGUCUGCUCGCAUUACCGGCAACCCUCUUUAGUCUGGAUCAUGCUCAUCCACGAACUGCUUGUGAUUCUCAAAAGCUCCUGUCAGGCUCGCAAUUCCUAGGUCUCCAGCUAUCUCAGGGCAGUUUGCGAGGGGAACGAGUUCGCGUUUCCGGCAUUAGAAUCACUCGUUCUAGAGGUGCUCCGAGUAUUGGCCGUCGAUGUGGAAGUAGAUGGCUCCCUAGAGCGGCAGCUCAGCCUGGUCCUUUCUCAAGCCGGAAUUCCUCCAAGCAAUCUCAGCCUCCUCGGGAUGUUAGCGCAUCGGUUGGCGUCGCUCCUCGGAGCAUCGCUGUUUCUCCUAACAUUCCGUUGAAUCAGGAGCUGCUUCAGCAGCAGAAACAGCAACAGCAACACCAGCAGCAGCAGCAGCUACACGAGACUCAGCAGCGGCUGGAGCAACGGCUUUCACGCGGGCCGGCGAAAUCCCGGACCUUAACCGACCCAGCCGUUUCGGCCGCUCAGCGUCUCACGGAAAACUCUUCCCGGCUGCAUGAUCUCCUCCUGCAGCUCGCCACAGCCCAGACUCUCGACGAAAAGGAUUCAAUCGUCAGCGCGGACCCACGAGUGCGUGCGAUCUUCCCUCAAAUGGGAGAUUCGUCCCUUGGGAAAUACGUCAAGCCGGCCGUACGGAUGGCCAUGGAGGCGUGCAGCCGGGAGGAGGUCUACCUGCUAAAAUGCCUCGUGGCGUCCGGGCAAGAGCAUCUGCUGGACACUCCGAUUGCCUGGGCAGAAGGCCUGGACGCGAUCGGGGAGAGGGCAAAUCACCAGUCGGAAUUCUCGACUGAGGCGUACUUCAUGAGUCAGAAUGCGGAUGGCAAUGCUGGCAGCAGCGGCAUUGAAAGCAGGAGCGAUAAGUGUGAAGGGAGAGCGACGGGCGAAAGCAGCGCCAAGGCCAGAUCAGGUGGAGGAGUCAAGGAGGCCUUUUCCAUGCUCGCGUCCAUGAUCGACGGCUGGGAUGCGCAGUUAGACGCCCCGCGGGCAGCUCUCCCUGUAAUUUUGGCCGGGCUCGACAACCCUGGCGUGUUCCCUGCUCCGCUGAUGGACCUGAUCGACUGGGAGGACCGCCGAUCGGCGCAUAACGCGGGUGUUUCUGGAGGUAAGGGCCAGGAGGACGCGUCCCCGUUAUCGUCGUCCUCGGUAUCGUCGUCGCUGUUCGCGCAGUUCAUGGAAGGGCUGGAGUACCCGAGCGUGUUCGGCGCUCCGCUGCUGGACCUGGUCGACUGGGAGAAGCAGUGGCAGAUGGACGGCGAUGCAAACUCUCUCAGUAGCAGCAGUGGCAGCAGCAGCAGCAGCAGCAGCAGCAGUGGAUUUGUGAGCGACGGUGGUAGCAGCAGCAGCGGGUCGGAGGAUAAUGCUGGCUAUUCGAGGGGGCGGGAGCCACGCGCGCAGCUGCAGACGCUUCUGGCGAUGCUGCAGCGAGUGGAGAAGUUCUACGACGGCAUUGGCGGCAUUAUCGGGUACCAGUCGACGUGUCUGGACCUCAUUCAACAGUCCGUCGCUGCUUCCCAAGCAGCAGCAGCAGCAGCAGCAGCAGCAGCGGAACUGGCGUCAGCAGCACCUCAAGAAACCCCCUCACUUGCAGUAGCAGCAGCUCCACCAGCAUCUCUGGUAACAGCAGACGACACGAGCAGCAUCGCUAAUGAAGGAGAGAACGAAGAACCCUGGUUCGAAUCCCAGCGGCGGUUCUUUGUUCCCCGUGGCCAAGACCUGGCCAGUGAUCCGGAGUUCGCCUCCCAGGCGGCGUUCUGGGGCCUUGAGGGGCUGCCUGCAAUGGCUGAGAUCUACCCUCUAGGAGGGGCGGGAGAUCGGCUGGGCCUGGUGGACGAGGAAACGGGAGAGAGCCUGCCAGUGGCGAUGCUGCCGUACUGCGGCCGCACGCUGCUGCACGGGCUGGUCAGAGACCUAGAGGCGCGGGAGUAUCUCCACUGCCGUGUGUUUGGCGAGCGCCACGUGACCCCGGUGUCGAUUAUGACCAGUGCCGCCAAAAGGAACCACGAGAGGGUGCUGGCGCUGCUGCAGCAGCACGACUGGUUCGGCCGCGGGCAGCACAACUUCCGCCUCUUCCAGCAGCCGCUGGUGCCGACAGUAGCAGCGGAGGACGGCAGGUGGAUGGCCAGCGGGCCUCUGACGCCCGUGCUCAAGCCAGGUGGUCACGGGGUGAUCUGGAAGUUAGCAGCAGACGAGGGCGUGUUUGACUGGCUGCGCUCCAAGGGCCGCAAGGCGGCAGUCAUCAGACAGAUCAGCAACCCUCUGGCAGCAACGGACAUGACUCUGCUGGCGCUGUCUGGCAUUGGGCUGCACGGCAAUAAGAAAUUCGGCUUUGCAUCGUGCGACCGCAACGUGGGGUCAGCGCAGGGCGUGAACGUGCUCACAGAGCAACAACAACCCGACGGCUCAUGGGCGUACGGAGUUUCGUGCGUCGAGUACACCGAGUUUGAGAAGCUCGGGAUUAGCGACGUGCCUGUGGCGCCGGGCAGCAGCCGGUCGCAGUACCCUGCCAAUACCAACGUGCUCUUUGCCGACCUGGAGGCGGUAGAGGCGGCUGUUCGAGGGGAGUGUGGUAGACUGGAGGGGGCAGGACAGCUGGAUGGGAGGGCGGCAGAUGAUUGGAUGGAUCAAAGGGACCACCAGCAGCAGCAGCAGCAGCAGCAGAAGCAGAUGCUGCAGCAAUUAGGACAGCAUCAAGGGCAGCAACCUUGCUGUGAGCUUGCGUCAAUUAGCAGCAAUGGAAGCAGCAGCGCGGCUUUUAGGGGAAGUUUAGAGGGUGGGCACUGUGCUGGGUUGUGUGGCCCAGACAGCACCAUGCACACAAUCACUGGGGGUGCUAUUGAUGAAUCAUUCAGUGGUGCUAGUGGCAGUGGGAGUGCUUCCUUAGGCAGUGAAAAGGCUACCAGUAGGAGUAGGAGUGGUAGCAACAGGAGAAGCCCUAGCAGCCCCAGUAGCAGCAGCAGCAGCCCACCGUCGCUGCCAGGCAUGAUUAUGAACCUGAAGAAGACGAUCUCGUUUGAAGACUGCAAUGGGCGCACUCAGAGCAUCCGAGGAGGCCGUCUGGAGUGCACCAUGCAGAACGUUGCAGACCUCCUCGUCUCCUCCCUCCCACGCCGCCUGCUUCUGGACCACACCGACGCUGCCACUGCCGCCUCCUCCUCCUCUUCCUUCUCCGCCGCCCCCUCUUCCUCUUACUCCGCCUCCGCCUCCUCCGCCUCCCCCCCUUGCUAUGCGUCUCAAGCCGACGAAGCCACUGCUCAGGUGGACAGGGAGAGUGGCGGGGCACAGGCUCAGCCGGUGCAGGACUUACUAGACACGUUUCUGGUGUACAACGACAGGCGGAAAGUGACCUCCUCGGCUAAACGCAGGCGGAAGCCCACCGACACGUCCCUGCACCAGACACCAGAUGGCUCUUUCCUUGACCUGAACCGCAACUCGCUAGAGCUCUUCACCUCCUGCGGUGUUGCGAUGCCACAUAUGCACAGCGAUCACAAGCGCUAUGUGGACUCAUCUCCACCGUUCAUCUUCAUCUUCCACCCGGCCCUCGGGCCGCUUUGGAGUGUCAUCCGCCAGAAGGUGCAAGGAGGCUCUGUUGCGCCACGGUCUGAAGUGAAGCUCGAGAUUGCUGAGCUGGCAUGGUCCAACGUGCAUGUGUCUGGAAGUCUUCUCAUUGAGGCUGAUGCUGUCACCGGCUCUCUAGACCCUGAAUCGGGCACCACACAGCUCGGCCACGGCUGCGGGCGGUGUCGGUUACACAACGUGACGGUUACUAAUAAGGGCGUGGACUGGCAAUGCCUCUCCAACGUGUACUGGCAGCAUAGGGUGCAGAGGGAGGAGGCGUUGAGAGUGGUGCUGAGGGGUGACGCGGAGUUUGAGGCGCGGGAUGUGACUAUAGCGGGGGACCACUCGUUCGAAGUGCCUGAGGGGCACAAGAUGGUCGUGUCUGCUUCAAAAACAGGAGCCAUGCAGUCGAGGCUGGAGAAGCUGGCUGGUGGAAAGCCUAGCUGGGAGUGGCGGUACGCUGUUGGCAAGCAUGGGUCCCUUGAGCUCACCCUUGUUGAGGCGCUUUAGAAAAUACGAAUGUAAAAGGCGAUGAACAUUAUAGAGUUUGUAACUGCAAUAUGUACACAUUAUUCAUGAAGUAAUGUGUAGGCAGCAAGCUUGAGAGUCACAGCAGAUGCUGAUCCUGUGAAUGAAACAUUCAUACUACA